ACUUCCAUGCUGUCUCUAACUAUCCUUGUUCCACAAGACAAUAGUCCUUUUCGUUCCUAUGCUUCACUCACACAUGCACACACACGCACACAUAUAUAUAUUAUGCUUACAAGUUCCAAAGGUCAAAUAAUCCCAAUAACUUUGAGAAAGCUAGCUAGUGAUCUAUAUCUAACUUUGAAACUUGCCAUAUAUACAUGUUCUUCUUUGCCUAUUGUCCUAGUUAGCUUCCUUAAUUACUUCUUGUUCUUAUACUACUACAUACAUGGAGCUUCAGUUAGGUCUUGCUCUCCCCACUCACAACCCCGUUGAGGAGUUCAACCUUAACAAACAGAUGGUGAGUUUAGAGUUGUGGAGACCCGGUUGCGGUUAUGAAAGCGAAAAGCAUGUCAAACACAAUAAGCGCAGCUUCGAAGAGUCAUUUGAACAUUUUUUUAAACCUUUGCCUUUACUAGUGUGGAGUGGACAGCCAAAUGAAGAAGAUGAUCGUAGUAAAAAGACUCAAAGAAACAUUCACUCACCAAACAAGAAAGGUGAUGAAGAAAACCAUUUGGUGGGGUGGCCACCAGUUAAAUCAUGGAGGAGGAAAGAACUCCAUCAACAGCGUCCUGAGAGAGGCCAAAUCAGGAACAAUAGGAUUCAAGCUAAUGAGAAUCAACGUAGAGGAUCAAACUCUUUGUAUGUCAAAGUUAACAUGGAAGGGGUAGCCAUAGGAAGGAAAAUCAAUUUGAGGCUUUUCAAUUCUUAUCAGACACUUACAAGCACCUUGAUCAGCAUGUUUGCUAAAUACCAAAAAUUAGAGGAACCUGAAGAAAGUUACACACUCACCUUUCAAAACGAUCAAGGGGAUUGGCUGCAAGUAGGACAUGUUCCAUGGCAAUCCUUUGUCGGUACGGUGCGGCGUUUGGUGUUACUGAGGAAUGGAAGUGAAACUAUUUGACAGAUUAUAGUUUGUGCUCUGAUGUUGUUUAUGGUGCUCAGUUCAGUAAAGAGUAUUUGCUUGAAUAGGUUGUAGAGAGCAAAAGCCAAGUAUCAAAAGUCGGAUUACAAAUAACUUGCAUCAGCUUUGAUUCUUUUUAAUAAUUUUGUAUUGGUUCAAUCACAAAUAACCUGAUCCAACUUUCAAAUUUCAACAUAUGCCAAAUAAUCAUUUCUACUUGCAGAAAAUGGCACAGAUGUACGGGCCUUAAUCGAAAUUUGCCCAUGAUCUUGAAAUUGCGAGAAAUGGUUUAAUGUUAACACUUGUACCUGUUAAGUAAUCUGCAAGACAAUUUAUAUAUAUAUAAUUAAGUAGUUGGUGGGGGGGGGG